AUAUUAUUUCCGUUAUUAAUGAUUAUUAUUAUAAUUAUUGUUGUCGUAUUAACAAUAAAUCAUGUGGUUAAAUAUUCAUUUAAUGAUAUAUAUAUGGAAAACGAUGAGAAAAUAAAUUUGAAUGAAGUUUCAAUACCAAUCAAACAUAUUAAUGAUAAUAAUAAUUAUAAUGAUGAUAAGAAACGUAAAAAGAAAAAAAUUCCUAAAAUUGCUAUUAUUAAUAGAAUUCAAAAAAUAUUAAAAAAUAAUAGUCGAAUAUUUCCUGACUGCGACAAUAAAGAAAUCGAUGAAUUUUCAAAUGACUUUGAAAGUUUUUUGUACAAAAAUUUUGAGGACUGGAAUGAAAAUGACGAUGAACAUUUUCGGUAUUAUUGCGACUGUGGGGUAAAAAAAUUACAAAAUUACGGGAUUAAUAAACAUAAAAUUGAUGUAAAUGUUGCCACAGACAUCAUUUAUCAUAUUGAUGAAAAAAUUUUGAAACAUUUAGAUGACAAUAGAGCUAAAAAUCAGAGCUAUUAUUAUAAUUUUGCAAUUUAUUUGACGCGUUUGUUAUUAAGUUAUGAAUUUUUGGCAGACGAUGGUUUCAUGGAUAAUAAGCUGAUUUGUCACGAAGUGAUUAAUAAAUUGACUGACGUGUUUAACGAUGAGUUACAUUCUACAGAUGACUGGAUAAGUCUUAAUCCGAAAAAAAUUGUUUAUUUAAAUAUCCCGCGGUUAUUAACGAACUAUUUGUAUGAUUUAAAUAAAUUUAAUGAAUUUAUUGAUAAUGGAAUUAUUGAUUUAAUUAGAAAAUCAUUUUCUCAAGUGAAUGAUCGGCAGUAUAAGUAUUUCUAUUUAGAUUUAUUUGAUGCAUUAGAAAUGAUUAAUUAUUAGAUAAAUUAUUCAAUAACUUUUUCUAUUAAAUAAUUUUAUAAAAAUUAGUAUUUUAAU